AUGUUGAGGGCUGCUUUUCAAACGUUAAAAGCCAGACUUGGAGGAAAGACUCCGGUUGAUGCAACAUCGAUUGAUGUAUCACAGUUCAAGAUAGUUCAAGAAGGAGAGGCCAAGAUUUUGUUCCCUAACAAGGAGACGGUCUUCUAUAAUCCUAUUCAACAGUUUAAUAGGGAUCUAAGUGUUACAUGUAUCAAAGCCUGGGAUGAGAUAUACCAGGAAGAAGCUCGGGAGCGUCGCGAGGCUAAGAAGAACCAGGCUAACAGCAAGAACCAAGGGAAAAAACGUGCACUUGCCGAGACUUCCGAAAAUAAUACCGAUUCCAGUGAUGCUCUUAAGAAGAGGAAGUUGAAUGAGGAUGAGAGCAAUGCGGUAGCUGUUUCAGGACCAGUGGUAAAACCAUAUAUCAAGAUACUUGAAGCUUUGAGUGCCACUGGUUUACGUGCAAUCAGAUAUGCCAAAGAGAUUCCCAACGCAAAGAUGAUAACAGCCAACGAUCUACUUCCCGAUGCAGUGGAAUCCAUCAAGAGAAACAUUAAUUACAAUGGUGUGCAGGAUAAAGUUGUGGCUAACUUAGACGACGCCAAUGUCUUGAUGUACAGAAACAAGAGCACAAACACCAAGUACCAUGUAAUUGAUUUAGAUCCUUAUGGUACUGUGACUCCAUUCGUAGAUGCUUCCAUGCAAUGUAUCGAGGAUGGGGGGUUGAUGUUAGUCACAUGUACAGAUUUAUCAGUUCUAGCUGGUAACGGAUACCCAGAGAAGUGUUUUGCGCUAUACGGGGGUGUUAACAUGGCAGGACAUGAUGCCACACACGAGAGUGCACUAAGACUAGUGCUUAACCUUUUGGGCCAAAGUGCGGCCAAAUAUAAGAAGACCAUCGAACCACUUCUUUCGUUAAGUAUUGACUUCUACGUGCGUGUCUUUAUCAGAGUUAAGACCAGCCCAAUUGAGGUCAAGAACCUACAGUCCAACACAAUGGUUGGAUACAUGUGUUCUGGGUGCGGUGCAUACCAUACCCAACCUUUGGGUAGACAACAGGAGAGACAAACCAAGAAGGGUAACAAAUUCACCAAGUUUUCAUUGGCCCAGGGCCCUCCAGUUGAUAGACAUUGUUCUUACUGUGGAAGCGUCCAUCACAUAGUGGGCCCAAUGUAUGGAGGUCCUCUACACAACCGCGACUUUAUUGAACGUGUGUUGAGAAUCAACAAGGAGGACCACAAAGAUGAUGUAUACGGCACAAGAAAGAGAAUAGAAGGUAUGUUGACAUUAGCCAAGAACGAAAUCACGGCACCAUUCUACUUCACUCCUAAUUCCGUGUCAUCUAUCUUGAAAUUCCAAGUUCCACCUCUCAAGUCUGUUGUUGCUGGGUUGGGUUCAUUGGGAUACCAAUGCUCACUAACACACGCCAAAGCCUCCAGUUUGAAAACUGAUGCCAGCUGGGAUGCUAUCUGGUAUGUGAUGAAGAAAUACUGCUUAGAACACGAAAAUGUCGAUGUAGAGAAAAUGAACAAGAACGGUAAUGGGUAUAAGAUCAUGACUAAUGAGAACAUUGGUAAGAAUGCUGAGUGGGACGAAAAAAUAUCCUUUGAACCCAAUGAACACAGCGGUAAAUUCGAGAAGCUAAGAAAGUUAAAGAUCGUUAGAUAUCAAGAAAACCCAACCAGGAACUGGGGCCCAAAGGCCAGACCUCAAUAA